AGAAGGUUGCCGCGGUCGCCAUGUUGCUGAAUGAAAUUAACCUAGCUCCAAAACAUUGAAUAGCAGCUAGCAAUAUCGAUAUUUUAUUUUUCGCGGAAUAGCACUUGUUACAGCAUGUAACCUAAUAUAAAUAUGACUUAGGAUUUAUGAAACAACCACAGAAGCCCCAUUCCCUGUGAUAAAUAUUGUAGCUGUUGCUUACAAGUGCAAACAGUUGUAAAGAUUAUUGUGUUUAGACAUAGUCACAGUGUCACGCAAUGCACCAUGGAAGUGGAUCACAGAAUAUGCAACGACAGCUCCAGAGAUCCAAGUCUGUCAGUGGGUCAGAAGCAGACGAGCAGCAGCAGCAGCAGCAGCCAACCAUGGCAGCUACGCAACAGCAAGCUACAGUUAACCACCCACAGUCUCCUGUGACCACUUUUUCCUCUGCUGCCAGCCCUUCAGCCCCCCAGUCGCCCAAUUAUCAGAUAAUAAUGAGUCGUAGCCCAGUCACAAACAUCACUUUACAAAAUGUGGGCCAAAUGGUCACUGCUAACCAGCAGAUUACCCUUACCCCACUCCCCAUCCAAAACCCAGCAUCCCCUGGCUUCCAGCACACGACACCUCAGUGGAGGUUUGAGCAUGCUCCAUCCUCCUACAUCCAGGUCACGUCACCAGUGCCCCAGCCCAUCCAACCCCAAAGUCCCACCCAGCAUAGCCCAGUCCCUCUGCAAGGUGUAACAAGACCAGGAGCGCCUGCAACAGCAUUGGGUGUGUGUGGACAGAGUCCAACACGAUUUGUUGAAGCUGGUAUGUUAGUGCGACAAAUCAGUUUAGGCAGUCCAUCGGGUAGUGGCCACUUUGUUUACCAGGAGGGAACAGGACUGGCCCAGAUUGCCCCAGCCUCAUCUGGCCAGGUGCAGCUGACUUCUCCAGGAACGCCAGGCUCUGUGAGAGAACGUCGUCUCUCUCAGCCUCAUUCACAGACUGGAGGUACCAUUCACCACCUUGGACCUCAAAGUCCCGUGGCCACUGGUGCAACUCUGCCAACUUUGGGCAGCCCUGGUCACAUCACCACUUCCAACCUACCUCCACAAAUCAGCAGUAUCAUUCAAGGACAGUUGGCGCGCCCUAUGAUAUUUGAGAAGACAGCACAGGGUGUGGUUACUGGAGUAGGAACCACAGCCACAGCCUCAUUUAGUAUUCCCUCCUCCAUUCCACCCUCUAGCCCCUCCCUCACCAGUCCCCCCCAAGGGAUUCCCAACAAUCCUCUGGCAGCCACCAGCAUGACUGUGGGCACCAUGAAGAAGCAGGUUGCCAAGAAAUUGGAAGAAAUUGCUCCCUCUACUCCAGAGAUUGCCCAGCUGAGAAAGCAGUGCUUGGAGCACCAUACCAAGAAGAUGGAGAGCCUGAAAGAAGUGUUCAAAGAAUAUCUGAUUGAACUUUUCUUUCUGCAGCACCUCCAAGGGAACAUGAUGGACUACCUAGCUUUUAAGAAGAAGCCUUGUGUUCCCUUGUAUACUUACCUCAGACAGAAUGAUUUGGACCUUGAAGAUGAGGAGGAAGAAGAAGAACAGUCUGAGGUCAUUAAUGAUGAGGUAAAGGUUGUUACUGGAAAGGAUGGCCAAGCAGUGACGCCAGUUGCCAUAGCAACACAGCUUCCUCCCAAUGUAUCUGCAGCUUUCUCUGCCCAGCAGCAGUUUCAGGGACACCAAGGGGCUGCCUCUGGCACCAUUACAAACCCUGGAGACAUGGAUGCCUUUAAGAGGCAACAGGCUAUGGUGCAAGCAGGCGGGAUGCCGCCUACUCCUCAAGCAGUCCAGAUUGCUGGACAGAAGCAGAACCAGCAACAGUACGACCCAUCCAAAGGACCUCCAGUGCAGAAUGCAGCCAGCCUGCACACCCCUCCACCCCAGCUGCCUGGAAGGUUGCCUCAAGGUGCCCUCCCUAUGGCAGGUCUGCCUAUUACACUUUCACAGCAGCCUCAGUUAGUGGAGAAUACAACUCAGCCUGCUGCUCAGCUCCAGGCACAGGUGAAAGUGCAGGCAGGUGGGCCUGUCCUGGCCACAGUGAACCCCCACACACAGCUCCAAGCCCAACUGCAGCAGCAGAUGCAGCCAGGUCUUCAUCUCCAGUUGCAGCCCCAACAGCAACAAUCCCAGACCAUUCUACAGUCAGGACAAGCGACGGUGGCCCUUGCUCGCCCUGGUACGGAGCCAAACCAGCCAGUUCAGAGGGUUAUGACCAACUCUAUAUCAAUUACAUCCUUGUCUCCUGCUCCCCUCUCUGCUCCCAACUCUGUUCCAACCCCCCAUACUGCAAGCCCUCUCCGUCCUAUUGGUUCCAACCUCAACCCAAGCACCCAGUCCAAACUGACUGGAACCAAUGGAAUAUCAGCCGUCAAAUUAGGUGGCUUUGGUCAAAGUACAGCCAUGCAAUCCUCCCAGGAGGGUUCUCAAGAUAAGCAAAUCGAGCAGGCCAAAUUGGAGAGUCAAGUGCAUCAACGUAUCUCUGACUUAAGGAAGGAGGGCCAGUGGUCAGCCAGUAGACUCCCCAAGCUUGUGGAAGCCUCACGUCCAAAGUCCCACUGGGACUACCUCCUGGAGGAGAUGCAGUGGAUGGCCGCUGACUUUGCUCAGGAGAGAAGAUGGAAGGAGGCUGCCGCUAAGAAGCUUGUUCGCACAUGUGCCCGUUACCAUCAAGAGCAGAAGAAAAGUGAAGAGAGAUCAAAGAAAGAAAGGGAAGUUCAUCUUCGUCACAUUGCAAGCACAAUUGCCCGAGAGGUUGAAUUCUUCUGGUCAAACAUUGAGCAAGUUGUUGAAAUUAAACUUCAGUUUGAAAUUUAUGCGAAGAGGCUCAAAGCACUUGGCUUACAAAAAGCCUCAGCCAAAGCAUGUGGUUCAUCAGCAGGAGAGAAAGCUGAUAAAGAGGAGGUGGCCUCUUCAGCUAAAAAAAGAAAAUCAAGUUUGUCCAUGGUUGAUGAAGAUGAUGAAGAAAGCACCAUAGAGGAGCAGGAGGGCAUGGAAGGGGAAACAGACCACAAAGCAGAGUUGGUUGACCUCGCUAAAGACGCUGAGAUGCCUCUGGAUGCUUUGAUGAAACAGUAUGCUGGUGCCUAUGCUGACAGCUUUGAGUGGCCUCAGCCUAGUCCUUGUAGUGAUGACGAUGAAAUGGAAGAAACUGAAGAAAUGGAAUGUCCUUCAGGCAGUCCGCCUGAGGCUGUGCUGAUUGACUCCCUGCUUAGUGUGGACCAGUAUCGUGGUGCUGACAAAGCCACUUCUUCAGACUCUGAUGGAAAGCCUGGCAGAGACAUAGCUGAAGUAGCUGCUGCCACAGAGCUCAUCCUGCCCAAGGGCAGCUUCAGAACCACUUCAUCAAACCGCAGCCCAGCUCCGUUUCUGUUGCAUGGGUCACUGCGAGAGUAUCAGCAAAUUGGUGUUGACUGGCUGGUGAACCUUUACAAGAAACACCUCAAUGGCAUAUUAGCUGAUGAGACAGGCCUUGGGAAGACUGUACAGACUGUGGCUUACAUGGCCCACUUAGCUGGCCAAGAAGGCAUCUGGGGACCGCAUCUUAUUGUAGUUAGGACGUGCAAAUUACUAAGUUGGGAGGUGGAGUUCAAGCGUUGGUGUCCUGGCCUUAAGAUCCUCCUGUACCUUGGUAACAGAAGGGAGCGCAGAUCUAAGAGAAUGUGGUGGGGAGAAGCCAAUAGCUUCCAUGUAUGCGUGACAUCCUACAAGUUGCUGAUGAAAGACCAGAGCCAUUUUCUGAAGAGAAAGUGGAGGCAUCUGGUUCUGGACGAGGUGCAACUCAUCAAAAACAUGACGGAGAAACACUGGGAAACAAUCUUUGGUCUGAAAAGUGAGCAGAGGGUUCUCCUCAUCAACACUCCUCUACAGAACACUCUCAAGGAGCUGUGGACCAUGAUCCACUUCCUUUUGCCAGGGAUCACCAGGUCCUACUCUGACUUUCCUGUGAAGGCAGGCACAGACCAGAACCAAGACUACUGCCACAAACUGGUCAUCCGCCUGCACAGGAUGAUCCAACCCUUCAUCUUGAGGCGCUCCAAAAGAGAUGUGGAAAAGCAGCUGCCCAAGAAGUACGAGCACAUUCUAAAAUGCCGCCUGUCCAGCAGACAGAAGAGUCUUUACGAGGAUAUCCUAACUCAACCAGGUGCUCAGGAGGCACUGAAGACCGGUCAUUUUGUCAGCGUGCUUCAGGUCUUAAUGCAGUUACAGCGAGUGUGUAACCAUCCAGAGCUGGUUGCACCCAGAGAGACCAGCAGCUCGUAUUUCUGUUCCUCCCUGCAAUACAACGUACCAUCACUGGUGCUGGGUGCUCUUCAAAAUGACUCAAGCAAGAUAGCAAACCUGUCCAUAUUUGAUCUGAUCAAUAAUGAGAACAGACUGACUCGCUAUCAGACUGAAGAGGCAGUGCCCAAACUAAAGGUCACUCAGCAGCUCAUAGAGGAAAUCUACACCGGUCCAGAUCCACCCCCGAGACCAAAACCAUGUCCGAUAAAACCCAUGAGAUUGUUCCAGCCAGUGCAGUAUGGCACAAAGCCAGAAGGUCGCCUUGCUGCUAUCACAAAUGCAGCAGGUCAGCGUCCUCCAACAAGCGGUCCAGCUACUACCGCCUCUCCUUCCACAACCACUCAGUCUGGCCAGACCAGGGGCAAGUCCCCUGUCACUACAGCAACGACUACACCAACUUCUCAUGCGCUUGGAACAGCUACUCUGAGAGCCCAGGCUACCCCUCCUGUCAGCAACAGCAACAACACUGCAGCCUCCACUGUAGCCUCCUCUGGGAACAGUGGCAUUGGGCAGCAUGUGUUGGGGGCUGCCCCUGUGGCUUUGGGCCAGACCUUAGCUGGCACAGUUGUGGGAUCUGUGGCUCCCAUCAGCCAGCCUGGAUUAACACAGGUCCCCAGGCCAGCCCUAGCCCCCAGCCAUGCCAUCCAGCCCAGCUUAUUGUCCCAGAGGCUGGUUCUUACAUCCCAGGCCCAGGCACGGUUGCCUAGUGGAGAUGUGGUGAAGAUCGCACAACUGGCCAACAUAGCAGGCAGUCAGAAUCGUAUCUCCCAGCCAGAGACUCCUGUCACUCUGCAGUUUCAGGGCAACAAGUUCACUUUGUCCCCUAGUCAGCUCCGCCAGCUCACCACUGGGCAGCCCUUGCAGCUCCAAGGUACACUCGGCAACAUCCUGCAGAUUGUGUCAGCUCCAGGGCAGCAGAUCAUUAGGCCCCAGGGAUCCAUGGUAAUGCAAACAAUGCCUCAAGCUGUUCCUGCCUCCAAUGCUUCAACUACACCUGGCACACCUCAUCCUGCCCUGUCAACAGCUCAGCAAGCAUUGGGUGCGACUAACGCCACAUCCGCCCCGACCAAGCUUACUACUGCAGCUCAUGGUGGUUCUCAGGAGUCUUCAGAAGAAAAGACUCAACAGCUGAAGGAGCGUUUGGGCCGCCUGUUCGAGGCCAAUGAGCAACGCUGUAGCCGUAGAGUGUUGUAUGGGUCGGACCUGCUGCAGGCGUGCACUUUGAGCUCAGAGCCUGGUCAUACUGCCCUGACUGCUGGAGGCUGGAGGUGGGUGGGCAGAGAGAGCUGCCUCAGGGCCCAAAGAACCUGCGUGGCUACCACCUCUACACUGCAGUCCUCUCUGCUCUCUGUGAAGAAUCACCUGGAGGCUUCCAACAGCCUAAUCAAUAGACUGGCAUGUGUGGUGCCUCCAGCUGUAGCUCCACUGCCUCAUCUGUAUGCAGCCAAUCCCCCAGUUCCCUACAGUCUUGAGCAGAAGUCCCUUCACCGCCGGCUACUGGAGGCCUCUGCACCCCACAGUGCAGACAUCCACCAGUUAGCAUCCAGGCAUCUUUUCUAUUAUCCAGACUUGCAACUAAUGCAGAUGGACUCAGGUAAACUGGAAGCUCUUGCCAUUCUGCUGCAGAAGCUUAGGUCAGAGAGUCGCCGUGUCCUCAUCUUUACUCAGAUGGUGAAGAUGCUAGACAUCCUGGAGGCCUUCCUAGAUUACAGGCAGCUCACUUAUGUGCGCAUUGAUGAAAGCUUCACUUUUGAUGAAAGACAGGAGAAUAUGAAGAAGUUUAACAGGAACAGGCAGGUGUUCUGCAGCAUCCUGACCAACCGCUGCUGCUCUGCAGUCGGGACUGUGUUUGACGCAGACACCAUCAUCUUCUACGACACAGACCUCAAUCCCAGCAUGGACGCCCGCACCCAGGAGUGGUGUGACAAAAUAGGGCGUUCCAAGGAUAUACACAUAUACAGGUUGGAGAGCGGGAAUUCCAUUGAAGAGAAACUGCUGAAGAAUGGCACCAAGGACUUGAUUAGAGAGGUAGCUGCCCAGGGGACUGACUACACAUUGGCUUUCCUCACACAACGGACAAUCCAGGACCUAUUUGAAGUGGAGGCAGGCUCCGGGGAAAAGGUGGAGGAGUUUGUGGUACUUCACCAGGAGCCGUCAGCCUCUGAAGCCAUCUCUCCCAGAGUAGCAAGACCCUACAUCCAGGCUCUCCACAGCAUAAACCUGGAUGCUCUGCCAGAGGAGGAAGAGCAGCAGCAGCAGCAGGAGGAGUUAGCAGCCAAGGAGUUGACAGAGGGUGAAAAGGAAUCAGAGGGUCAGACUAAAGAAGAGCCGGCUCAGAUAGAGGAGCUGAAUGCAGUCAUGGAACAGCUAACACCUAUUGAAAGAUAUGCCCUUCAUUAUCUGGAGUACCUCCACAUCAGUGACGAUGAAACAGCUCUCAAGGAGCAAUUGGAGUGCUCUAAGAGAGGCUGGGAGCUGCAGCAGCUGCAGAAGCUUAAGGAGGAGGAGGAGGAGCGGCAGGUGAUGGAGGGAGAUGAAGAUCUCUUCACCUACACUAGAGAGGAUGCCUACAACAUGGAGUAUGUGUUCGAUGCAGAGGAUGGUCAUACAGAAAUAAUGCCGCUCUGGACUCCACCCACACCACCACAGGACGACAAUGACAUUUACAUUGAUUCUGUGAUGAUGCUGAUGUACGACACUACACCCAUGCCAGAAUCCAAGCUGCCUCCUAUCUACAUCCGCAAGGAGCAUAAGAGACUCAAGAUGGACCCCUCAGCAGCCAGAAAGAAGAAAAAGGGCCAUGGGGAGACGGUAAUUCCUCCACGCUCCCUUUUCGAGAAGGCCAGUAUGCUCAAGGUUCGCAGAGAGGGCAAGGACCAGAAAAAGACCUUCUCCCUCAAGCAGCAGGCACCCUUUGCCAAGCCCCUGCCAUCGCUGGUUAAACCUGCCAUGGAGGCUGGACAGGAUAACCCAGAGUGGCUUAUCAGUGAGGACUGGGCUCUGCUUCAGGCUGUGAAACAGCUGCUGGAGUUGCCUCUGAACCUGACAAUCGUGUCGCCUGCCCACACACCAAACUGGGAUCUAGUGAGCGAUGUAGUAAACUCCUGCAGCCGCAUUUACCGCUCACCCAAACAGUGUCGCAACCGCUACGAGAAUGUCAUCAUCCCCCGCGAAGAGGGCAAGUUGGUGUAUGAGGCAAACCCCAAGAAGAAAACCAAGAGCAUAUACAAGUCUAAGAACAGCCGUCCUCUAAGGACCUGUCAGAUUUACACACAGGAUGACAAUGCCACUCACAUUCAACUCUACAACAGCCGCUUCGAACUCAUGAAGAUCAUUGCCAGCAAGAGAAGCCCACCAAUUAAACCACUGCUUGGCAUGAAUCCAUUCCAGAAGAAUCCCAAACAUGCCUCGGUCUUGGCAGAAAGUGGGAUCAGCUACGACAAGCCCCUACCUCCCAUUCAGGUGGCUUCUCAACGAGCUGAAAGGAUUGCCAAAGAGAAAAAGGCUCUUGCAGAGCAGCAGAAGGCUCAGCAGUUGGCCCAGCAGCAGGCUGGAGCUCCCCAGGCCCAGGCUGCACCUGGGCAGGCCCAGGCUCCUGCUGCUGGCCAGGCUCAGGUCCCUCAGGCAGCCGCUGUAACUGGAACUGCUGCUGUGCCUAAUGCAGCUGUACUGGCUGGAGCCAUAAAGAAUGCCACUGUGGGCACAACCAUUCAGGCUGCCACUGUAGGGGGGAAUGUGAUUGUGAACACAGUAGCUGGAGUUCCGCCAAGUCCCUUCCAGGCCAACAAACGCCUGGCAUCUCCAGUCAUACCAGGCACCCUGUCUCCUGCAGGUACAGCUGGAGCUCAGGUGGUCCACGCACAACAGAGGGCUGUUACUGCUACUGCCGCCCCUGCUGAAGUGGUUGCCAUAGCUACAGGUCAGGGUGUUAGAGCCGUUACCCCAGUGACAGCAUCUGCAGUAGUUUCUACCACUCUGAGUCCAGUGCAGUCGCAAACCCGCCCACUGGUAACUCAGGUCACAUCAGCCACAGGAAUGCAGUUGCCACAAGGGAAGCCUCUCAGUCCAGCCCACCUGCAGUUGCUCCGACAGCAGCAGCUGCAGCAGCACCAACAGCAGCAACAGCAACAACAGCAACAGCAGGCUACUUCCCCUCAGAUCAAAGCUGUAGGAAAACCCCAGGAGCUGUUAAAGAUGCAUAAACAUAAGUUGCAGCUACAACAGCAGCAGCAGCAGCAGCAGCAGGUAGCUGCAGCUGUGGCAGCAGCAGCAGCCCAGGGCCAGCAGGCUGCAGGGGCCCAGCAGGCCACCCAGGUUCAGCCUGCACAGGCUGCCCAAGCUAAUCCUCAACUAGCAGCCGUGGCAGCACCCAGACCUGGAGCAGUGCUGACUGGUACCACUGUAGCCAACCUGCAGGUGGCCAGACUGACAAGAGUUUCCACUCAGGGCCAGAUUCAGGCCCAGGCCGGACAGACAGCUCAGGUCACCCUCACCAAGCCGCCUGUGGUUUCUGUGCCAGCUGUGGUCUCAUCAGCUGGCGUCACUACACUGCCAGUCACUGUAGCAGGCAUUAGUGUGGCGAUUGGUCAGGCCCAGAAAACAGGUGGCCCUGUGCUGACACCGCCCUUCCCCCAGAUGCAGGUCCAGCAGCUCAUUCAGAUGAAGAAACAGCAGCAGCAGCAGGCGGCAGCAGUUCAGGCAGCAGCAGCAGCCCAGCAGAAAGCAGGACAGCCACAGCAGGGACAGGCCACCGUACAGCAGAAGAUCGGCACCCAGCAGGUGACAGUGCAGGCAGCCCAGCCAGCCCAGCAGGCGCAGCAGAAGGUGACCUACGCUACCACGACCCAACUCCCACCGGGAAUCAAGACCCAAUUUUUCACUGCAUCCAUCGCCCAGGCCCAAAAAACCACUGGAGCCCAAAUCCAGGUACCUAAGCUACCACAAAUAGUGCAGCAGCAACCAGCAGUGGCCAAUAUUCAACAAAUUGUGUCUUCUCCUCAGCAGAUCCAGGCCCAGCCUCAGACCGUCACUCUGACCCAGGCAGCCACCUCAGCUCCUGCUCAGGUGCAGAUGAUUUCCGCCGGGACCGCCACAGCCCAGGUGGUCCAGCAGAAGAUCAUCCAGCAGCAGGUGGUGACUGCCGCCGCCUCACCCCAGAUCCAGACGCCUCCUCCACAUAGCCCCGCCCAGCAGCCCGCUGCACCCUCUGCCGCCGAGUCUCCGGCACAGCAGCCUGCUCAGCCCCAACAGACCACCAAGGGUCAAGCUCGCCAGGGGGGCAUCAGGGCCAAAACCCCUGCCAAGCCCAGCGGGGGGAGCAGCUAGGAGAUGCACAACCACAAAGCCGCAUUUACCAAGUGUUGUCCUGUAGUACACAUGUACUGUGGUGAGGUUGUGCAUUCCUGCUGAGUGCAGACAGACAUCCUGCCACAUUCUCAACACAUCAAACCUUUGCUUUACCCCAACUGUCUCCAGUUUCAGCUCUGUUUUGGCAGAUCAAUCAUUCUGCGCAGAAUUCUGGUGGGAUCAAUAACUAUGUCUCGAUGAAUCAACAACCAUCUAUUCUUCAUUUGUUUCGAUGGAUGUGGAAUGUUUCUUGACAUUACAACAGAAAAUUUUCUCCCACAGUGACUGCCCGAUACAUCAUAUGACAGACAGUCAUGCUUUCUACAUGAUGAUUAUAUCACCCAGCAGAUGUCUGAGGCUGAGGAUUAUGGGUGAUUCUGCAUUGGGGAAUGAGCUCUCCAUUAGAAUAAGUGUAUUCAUAAAAUAGUCCCUUUUAUGUCCGAUUCUCUCGUUGUCUAUAGAUACUGAAUGGAGAGUAAUGCACGUUCCUUUAGUCAUAUGUUUUUUAUUUCAGCAAAUACACUGUAAACAUGUACUUUAGUAUUUUGUGUUUUCUCAUAAAUUGUCUUUUUUU